AGAUCAUUAUGAGCACAGUGACAUCCAGCUUGAAUAAAUGGCAGAAGAAGAAGCUCUGCUCAUUAUUCAACCAUGCCAACCUCAGCCUGCUGUUCAAAGCCAGUGUGCAUGGAUACAAUGUCACUACAUUUCACCAAAAGUGUAAUACUCAGGGGCCAACGGUUAUAGUAGCUUACAAUAAUUCUGGAUAUGUUUUUGGAGCUUUCACUAGCAAAAGUUAUGCACAGACCACACAAAAUGUUGUGGAUGAUAAAGCUUUUCUCUUUAGCUUUAAUGACAAAGAAAUUAAGGAAGAUCCUCUGCGUGUGUUCAGUGGAAAUCCUCAGUUUUCUUUCACUGACAAUGGUCCAAACUUCCAAUCUUUAGUGUUUCUUUACAGUAACUCACCCACCGUCUACAGUAAUCCAGGAACAUACAGAUUUGAUCCACUGAAGAUGCAUGGGAAUAACUUACAGCUGACAGAAUGUGAGGUGUACAGAGUGGAAGACUGUGGAGGACUCAUGGAGAAGCCAUGGAGAAAUGUGCAGUGGAACUCUGAGAGGAGACAGGCUCUAUUGAGCUACAUCUCUGGCUGGAAGCCUUCUGUUAGCUCAGUCAAACAGGCUCGGAUUCUACUGGUGGGUCCUAUUGGUGCUGGGAAAUCAAGCUUCUUCAACUCCAUCAACUCUGUGUUCAAGGGUUACGUGAGCAUGCAGGCCAACACUGGCACUGCUGGCACCAGUUUGACUACUCAGUUUCGUACCUACUACAUAAAGCCAAGCAGCAGUGUCAGCCAUGUUCCCUUCUCUCUGUGUGACACAAUGGGUCUGGAGGAUGGUGUGAACACCGGUCUGGAUGUAGAUGAUUUUGCCACAAUUUUGAAGGGUCACAUCAAAGACAAGUAUCAGUUUAACCCAGUGACGCCUAUACAGCCUGACUCCCCUCAUUUCCAUAAAUCACCUGGGUUGAAGGACAGGAUUCACUGUGUGGUGUAUGUGAUUGACAUCAGCAAAGUCAAGCUCCUCUCUGACAAAACGAUUGAAAAGUUUGUGGCUUUUCGAAAGAAAGCCAACCAGCUAGGUAUUCCUCAGCUGGUUCUGCUGACUAAGGUGGAUGAGGCCUGCCCCUUAGUGGCAGAAGACCUGAAAAAUGUCUACCAGAGCCACUAUAUUAACAAAAUGAUGCAAGAGAUUAGUAUUCAGCUUGGAGUGUCUCUGUCUGCUGUGGUCCCAGUGAAAAACUACUACCAAGAACUGGAAAUAGACCCUCAAACUGACAUACUGCUUCUAAAUGCGGUGGUGCAGAUGCUCAGAGCCGCUGAGGGCUUUUUUGAUGAUUUUUACAAUCCAGAAGAGAAGUCUGAGUAA